AUGCCCUGGUGGGCGAUAUUGUUGCUGGCAUUAGCCGGCACCACAUGGGCUCACGUCCGGCUCACAUUCCCACCGGCACGACAACCUGAUUUCGACUAUUUCACCUCGGCAAAUAGCCGACUGCCAUGUGGUGUUCCAAAGCCACCCAUCAACAAAGGUGUGCGAACGUUUUUGAAAUCCGGUUCAACUAUCGACGUGCAAUGGGCAACUGCUAUUCCUCAUAUGGGUGGAAUUCGAUUGGAAGUGCUCAACGCGCUCGAUGAGCCCAUAGCCAUCUUCACAAACUUUCUUGAUCCCUACAACAUCACACAGGGUGGAAAGCCGAUCAUUUUGCCGCCAGGUUUCGAAUGUGCUGAUUGCGCGAUUCGAAUCACACAUCAAGCCACGGAAUACGGCGACGAUUACUUCUUCUACAGCUGCGCCGAUGUGAACAUUCUCAAAGGUAUGAUUUGA